CUAUUGUGCUAUUUAUAACUUACAGUAACUCAAGGAAAAUACCAAGUUGAGAGAAAAUCAAAACGAUUUUAUUUUGGCAUCUCGAAAGUCAAAAUGAUCGUUUUUGGUUGUAUAAUUUGAUUGUUUUUUUGACAAUAAGAAUCAAAAUAAAAUCAUUCUGAUUUUUUGAUUUUAUGUCUCUACUUGGAUAGGAGUAACAUUACAUCAACAUUAUAAUUUUCCACAUCAUACAAGAGUAAUAUAAAGCAAUAUAAAGAAUCGCAAAGUUUCAAAAUUCAUAUCUGUUUCGUUUUCUAACUCUUUCGAGUCAUUUUCAGUUUCUCAGACUUUAUUGUGUGAGGAAUCAAGAAGCAGAAGGAAAGGCGUGCAAGAGUCAUACAAAAGUACGAGCGCAUGCAUAUAUAAAGCGUGUGAUAAAUUACUCAACAAGACGUAACGAAAUGACGUCAUGACGCAACAUAAGGCAAUGACGUAAAGCAUAACGUAAUAAAGCGAUCUGACGCAAUGUGACGUAAUAGUUGGCCGAGGAUCCGUUACGUAUACGCAAAAAAAAAAAAAAACAAACAAAAACGAAAAUGCGACAACACAAGCGCUGAUGGCGCGUAUAUCGAUAAUAUCGAUAUCAAUGCGAUCAACUUCAUCAAAAUCUACGAGAAAUAUAAGUCAGCUGCCGAGUGGGAUUAAGGAAUGGAGAUCAUGAUUCACGCGGCGAGUACUAUCCCUUUGAAUGAAGGGAAAUCGUACAUCGCGCGCUUCGUCUACGUUCGCGCUCGCGCGGACGAAUUCAAUGGACGCAAAGCGCGCGCACGCGUUUCCGUGAAAAAAAAAUCUGUUUUUGGGGGGAGAGAAAAGAAAAGGGAGACGGGUGCCGACACUGCAAACAGCUAACUGCCGCCGAUGGUGCGCGGGAUGAGAUGAGUAGGGUUGUGGUUACGAAUCACUAAUAUCACUAUGCGGAUUACCGCUGUUUAAUCGAAGCCGCGAAUUAUGACGCUGACUUUGAAUCAUACACAGUCGUGACGAGUCUCUAUUUCAAAAUCCUACAUUGAUUGCUCAUACCUGUUGACAUGGUGAAAUUGGCAUAUUCACCACUCUCCAAGCUCGUGUCCACAGACAUAAUGUCCAAUGUAUGCCCAAACAAUAUGAUAAAACCUACUUUAUCUGAAGUGUUACAAUCAGACUCUGUGAAACGGUUAUUUAAUCAACCGGAUCUUAUCAUUAAGACGAUCCCUUCAUCACUCGAGUCUGGCAAUGAAUUUUGGCAUAAAAGGAAUGGUAUGAAUUCAAUAUCAAACCAUACAACAGCAUCUGAAAUAUCAAUAUUCCCUGUUGGGACAGCAGACGAAGAAAAGGAAGAUGCCAAUCUUCUACCUUCAAAAAUAAAGCAUAAAAAGUCGGAAAUUGCUUUGUUACCUAUUAAGAAGAAAUCAUGUGGUCAUUAUCAAUCAUGCGAAAAUAUUAUUUGUGACGUGACAGUACAGCAGUACGUGGAUAAAGAUUGUGUGUCACCUAUGUUAGCAUUAAGCAUAGAAGAAAAUGAGAUAAAUGCGCCGGUUGAAAAACACUGUAGGAAUAAAUAUUGUGAUGCAUUAAGCAUUGAUCAUAAUCGUUGUCGUCGGGCAUUAAUAAAGUUAUAUAAAUGUGACAGUUCACACAUGUGCGAUAUUUGUGGAAGAACAUUUAAGAAAUGGAUAUCUCGGAUACAUCACAGAAAUUGUAAGAGAAAGAAAGUGUACAUUCAUAAUGAUGUAGACAGAUUGCAUUUACUGAAGGAGCGGAUGCGCAUUCGAGAGUUGCAGAUUUUAGAAAUUGCGAAGAUGAAGAAACGCGAUUAUUCGGAUCCUAACAAAGUGAUGGAGAUACUGUGGAAAAAUGAAGAGCUGAUAAUUAUUCCGCAAAAAGCAUCUAGUCAACCAAGUGUCAGCAUGACUUUGGUAUCUAACACUCAAUUGACCAGCACUAAUGCUCAACCUAUUAUAAAUAAUUCGCAAAUAACUAAAUCUGCGAAUACCUUUGGAAGCGCGUCUGUCACGGUUUCAUCACAGAACACCGUAAUUUUUCCCAACAACACGUUACGUUCAGAAAGCAAUGUAAAAUCAAUAAGUCAAGUAAGAUUUCCAAAUUUACAACAAAAUUCCUACUCGGAAUCUACUUCCGUUACAACUAAAGCUCAAACUCAAGUUCCAGUUUCAACUUCAACUCCAGUUCUAACUCUAGCUUUAGUUCCAACUUCAACAUCGUCUACAGUUCCAACUUCAACUUCAGUUCCAACUCUAGCCAUAACUCUAGCUCCAAAUUCAGGUUCAGCUUCAGCUUCAACUUUAGUUCCGUUAACUCUAACUAUAGCUCCAAGUUUAGCUCCAUCGCCGAUUUCAGUUCCAGCUAUAAGUCAAAUUUCGGCUCCCAAUGUUAUUACCACUUCUACAUCUACUUCGAUUGUACCUCCGAACAAAUCAUGUAUUCAACUCGCAGUUUCACCUCAAACUACUACUGUUCAGUCGAUAAACAACUUAAGUGUAUCACCAUCACAUAUAAUAAACACCACGGCAAUUCAGCCUAAAACGUUCCUCACGCCGAUACGCGUGGUACCUAUAGCCAAUUUGAUAAGUCCACCGUCGUUGUUACAUCGCACCCAAGGCAUUCCUAAGUUUUGCAUUGUUGCAGAAAAAACCGCUCCGGUGACCACUUCGAAUUCACCGUCUGUUCAACCUACUGUUGCAGCUGUUGUCAGUACCGCCACUGUAAAUACUCCAAAGUCUCUGACGCACGUUCCAAUACCAAAAAUACAUAAAUCAAAAUUAAAGAAAAAAAAGAAGAGUUUUUUCUGUGACUAUUGCUCGAAAUAUAUCACUACUGAUUGGUAUUUCAAGGUGCAUAUCGCAAAGCACAAAGGUCAGAAACUUUUCUUCUGUAAUUUUUGUGAUGAAUCUUUCAGUAACAAUUAUGAUAUGAAAAAACACAUAACUAAUCAACACACCGAUCAGAAAGAACUUGCAUGUGACAAGUGCAAUUAUACUUGCACAUCACUUGCUGCCUUCAAAAGCCACAUCCAAACACAUGCGAUAAGUAGUAUACUUAAUAAAGUAGAUUCGAAAAAGCAAAAAAAAUCGGAACUUUUGAAAAAAUUGGAAAAUAAAGUAAACCAUAAGUUAAUUCACAAUUCAUACGAAAGGAAAAUAAAAAGAAUAAAAUGUGAUACAUCUAAUAGUCAGAAACAGCAGCAUAAUAAAGAGAAGCAUAAUAAUAAAAAUUUAUCGGCGAUUAACAGAGACAGCAAUGCAAAGACAAAAGGGUUUAAUCCGUUUGUUUCCGUGAAAAAAAUUGAACCUGAAAAUUUCAAGCAAGAAUCUUCUAUUACAUCGAGAUGAAGCAUAUAAUCUAUUUAAUUUUGAGAUAUAAAUAUAUUUCGCCAAAUAUAAUUUAUUACAAAGAGUUUGUGUGGAAGGAAAAUGUAGGAAGAGCAAUCAAGGAAUUAUCUUAUUGUGCAAUCAAAAAUGUUAAAUAUAAAGUAUUAAGACGUAUCUUGUAUAGCACAUGAGUGAAGCUUACUUGAACAAAAUAAUUUAAAGUUCUUUUGUGGAAAUAUCGAUUGGUGCUUUUGAAUUCGUUGUGUAGCCUAAUGAUAUAAAAUGUAUAUAAAGCUCAUUAAUGCAAAUUUUUCUAGAUUUACACUUUCAACUACUGUGUAAAUAAAAACCGCGACGAAUUUGAAUUCCCCAUAUUCUUUUCGCGAAUGUAAU